GGCACAAGGACAAACCGUGUGGAGCCACCAGCAAAUGGAGUAACCAGAUGGUUUGUUUAAAUGUUUGUGUAAUUGUGAGACCAGAGUGUUAUAUGGGUCACCAUGGAGCGAGCAACAAUCAUAAUAACUUUCAUUGGAUCUUUACUUCUAUGUAUAACCUCAGUGCCAGCUAAGAAGGAACGAGAAGUUGACAUCUACAGCUUCCACAUCAAUUCUACAGUAAACAGCCGCUACGCCAUUACACUCAUCACAAGCCGUGUGGCGAACCGGCUCAAUGAGUCCAAAGAGAUUCAUUUCCAGGUCAAGAUACCAAAAAAUGCUUUCAUCAGCAAAUUCAGGAUGAUCAUAGAGGGAAAGACAUAUGACGGAGUUGUAAAGCAAAAAGAAGAAGCACAGCGACAGUAUAGUCAAGCUGUAUCACGAGGAGAAAGUGCCGGGAUUGUCAGCUCGGUAGGACGGACCCUGGAGGAGUUUAAAACCUCAGUGACGGUAGCAGCUCUCAGUAAGGUGACCUUUGAACUCACCUAUGAAGAGCUGCUAAGGCGAAGACUUGGCAAAUACAAGCUACAAAUCAAUGCCCAACCAAUGCAGCCUGUGGCAGAUUUCAAGAUUAAUGUCUACAUUAAUGAGCAGCCAGGUAUUUCCUUCCUGGAGGUAAAUGGUGAGCUGAAAACACAGGAGCUGUCCAGUGCUGUAACCAGUGCUAUAGCUGCGUCUACAAGAGAGGCAUGGGUCAACUUUUAUCCCACUCUCGAGCAACAGACCAAGUGUGAAGGUUGUGGAAAAAAUGGACUAAAUGGAGACCUGUUCAUAGAGUAUGAUGUGAAGAGACCAAAACAGAAUGGAGAACUGCAGGCACUGAACGGCUAUUUUGUCCACUACUUUGCACCUACAGAUAUUCAGAAAAUCCCAAAAAAUGUGGUGUUUCUCAUCGACCGAAGUGGCUCCAUGCGCGGCAAGAAAAUUCAACAGACUCAACUGGCAAUGCAGAAGAUUUUGGGAGAUCUGGCUGAAGAUGACUACUUUGGUCUGAUCACCUUUGACAGUUAUGUACAUGCCUGGAACCCUGAACUCCUCCAAGCCACAGAGACAAAUCUGCAGAAGGCAAAGUCCUUUGUUGAGGCAAUUCAAGCUCAAGGAGGCACAAACAUCAAUCAAGCUGUGCUAAAUGGGGUGGAAAUGAUCAAAAGCCACCCACGACAGGGUUCUGCCUCCAUCCUCAUCCUGCUGACUGAUGGAGACCCCACGUCAGGUGAAACAAACACAGAAAGAAUUCAGGCCAAUGUCAAAGCAGCCAUUGGUGGUAAAUUUCCACUUUACUGUCUGGGGUUUGGAUUUGAUGUAAACUUUGGUUUUUUGGAGAAAAUGGCACUGGAAAAUGAUGGAGUUGCUCGCAGGAUCUAUGAGGACUCGGAUGCUGACCUCCAGCUGCAGGGUUUCUAUGAGGAAGUGGCCACACCACUCUUAACUGAUGUCCAACUGAAAUAUCCUGGAGGAGCAAAUCUCACCCAGACCAGUUUCAGGCAGUAUUAUAAUGGCUCAGAGAUCGUGGUGGCUGGGCAAAUCACAGACAACAGCCUGGAAACUUUACAAACCGAGGUCAUCGCAAUCUCGAAAAACACAAAUGUAACAUACCAGGACACCAUAUCAACAAAAGACAUCACUGAUGUUUUACCACAACAUGAAAACUUCAUCCAGAGACUGUGGGCUUAUCUUACAGUAAAACAGCUCCUGGAGAAAGAAGUGGCACUCAAAGGAAACGAGAAAGAAGCAGCCCAGAAAAAAGCUCUGGAUCUCUCUCUGAAAUAUGAAUUUGUGACUCCACUCACCUCCAUGGUGGUCACUAAGCCUCAGGAAGAGGAGACACAGAUUGCCCACAAACCGAAAGAAGGGGUAGAGCUACCCAAAAAGCUACUCAAACACAUGGCCUACCAUCCUCCAUGGAGUGUCGGGAUGUCUGGGUCAAGUUUCCUAGCUCAAGCAGUUCAACCAGGAAUCCCAGGUCUACCAGAGGGACGACAAGGUCGAAGAUGGCCACUAGUAACACAAAGUCUAAUAGGAGAACGAGGCCAAGCAGGGCGAGAAGGAAAACCAGUCCCAUCAGCUGCAGGGUAUAUGAUCCCUUUACCACACCGACCCAUGCCAGCAAUCAUCAUCCAAAAUAGACUCCAAACUGAAACACCGCCAACCACUACCCCUGCAGUGAGUGUUGUGAGGUUCUUAAUCUCUGCUCAGCCUAAACAGAUCUGCUAUGACACACCUGUAGGCCACAAACUCCGACUCUUUUGGGACAAUUCAGACAUUUCUAUAAAUGGCCAACUCUCAGAUAAUGGCUUUACACUAGUUGCUAUUCAUUAUAAAACAGCAAAACUUCUUGUGAGCCCUGCUGAAAGUGUCUACUCUGAUGGUGAGAACAGCGUGAAGUUCGUGUGGGGACAGCCCAGCAGUCAUGAGUCGGAGAACAUAGCAAUAUUUCAAAGAAGCAACGAAUUAGACAUCACCAUGGGAAGUGUGCGUGUUGUUCUCCUCAUUCAUAGGAACAGUGGAGAUGAUUUUCUGUGGCCUGUUGUUCAACAACAAGGAAAAGAUCCUAACAUUAGAGGCAUUCUGGGAAAAGCUGAUCUUCAGUAUGAGGAGCUCCCAGGAUCAAAACUGAAAAUCAAGGACCAGGAAGUUGAAGCUUUCCAGAGUUCUGCCAUCGACUACAGAUUUUCUGCUGCCCCUAGGGUGAAUUGUUGGCUUGUACCAUUCCAGUCUGCCCUGCAGGGGGAGCUGUCUGACUUCACUGUCUCACAGCUGUAGAAUUCUAUGUGAAAUAUGGGCAUGUUAUUUUCAGCUUGUCCUAAAUGCAAAACUGCAGACUUCUGGCUCCUUAAUGCAUGCUUAAUUAAUAAUACCUAAUAAAAUACAAUGUAUUCUGUUCUUUCA